AUGGCUGAUGGAGCUCAGACUGGUCAAGUUCCACCUAUAGUACCACCAGUUACUCCUUUAGUUCCACCAUCGAGGAGAGAUUCUUCUGGGUUGUCACCGAGACAGGAAGUGGCCAUAUUGUUCGGUGUGGAGAUUCUAUAUGUCAAGAAAAAGGAUGGCACUCUUCGAUUGUGUAUUGAUUACCGUCAGUUGAACCGAGUGACCAUCAAGAAUAAAUAUCCUUUACGCCGAAUAGAUGAUCUGUUUGAUCAAUUACGAGGUGCGAUGGUAUUCUCUAAGAUUGAUUUGAGAUCUGGGUACUAUGAGUUGAGGAUUAAGGAGCAGGAUGUACCCAAGACUGCUUUCAGUACGCGUUAUGGGCAUUAUGAGUUUCUGGUGAUGCCGUUUGGUUUGACUAAUGCCCCGGCAGUUUUUAUGGAUCUUAUGAACAGGGUGUUCCAUCCAUACUUGGAUACGUUUGUGAUAGUAUUCAUAGAUGACAUCCUGGUUUAUUCGAAGAAUGAUGAUGAACAUGCUGUCCAUUUGCGCAUUGUGUUGCAAACUUUACGCGAGAGACAACUCUAUGCCAAGUUCUCUAAAUGU